AUGAGUAUUAUUGGCUUAACAAUUGAUUAUGGUCCAUUUGGUUUUAUUGAUCAGUUCACUUGGGAUCAUAUAUCGAAUACAUUGGAUCCAAAUGGACGUUAUUCAUAUGCUCAACAACCAAGUGUUUGUGCAUGGAAUUUAGCUCGUCUAGCUGAAUGUUUAAUUCAAGCAUUAAUUGAUCAACAGGAAUGUUCAUCUGAUAAAACAACGAAUAAAGAAUGCAUAUUUGUUGAUAAUCUUUAA